UCACUCCCAGCAUGCUCCACGCGGGACGCCAAGGCAGGUGCUGCGGGAGGAAUAGUCAGUGGGGGAGAUGGAGAGUUUUGAGGUGACCGUGUCCUACCCCCUCACUUCUGUUCUCCAUUUCGCCCUCGUCUCGUUUUGAUACUCCACCCCAGCACCUUCACCUUCUAAAGAGAUUCAUCCCAACCACUCUGAUAGUGCUUCAUUUGUGCCUGUUUUAAGUUUCCCUCUCCUCUGCUCCAAAUAAUCCUAUCAUGUGCGUUCCCAGUGUUACCUGUUUUUGCCUCCCUUGAUUGGAAAGAAAAAUCUACUCCUUAGAAAAAUUUGUGUAAAUGAUUUUGUUUAAAAAUUGUUGACUUCUUGGGUUUUGUUCAAUAUUUUUGCAUGAGUAGUAUGCCAUCAGGCAGAAUUCUGACAUAUAUUUGCCAUUAUGGAGCUAAGAGACACGUGGAUUAUAUGUUGGCUAGAAAUAAUGAAAGGUGUGUAAUAUGAAAUGUCAUAUUCCAAUAUACGUUAAUUUUAGAGCGCCUCUGACAGUUCUAACAUUAAGCAAAGCUUGUUUCCUGUUACUUCUCUUUCCUUCUUGGAGCUGUGUUUAUUGAUCAAGUGCCGUGAGUGAUACAGUGCAACCAUCCUGCCUCUCCCCCACUCCAGUUCUUAGUCUGGUGAUGUUGGGUGCAAAAUGUCAAUUAUGGUUAACAGAUCCCCACGUUUGUUUGUUUUUUUAUCUGUAGGAAAACAAGUGAUUCAUUUAUUAAAGUUUAAAUACUUUGGGUAGAAGCACCAUGGAGAUUGCUAUGAAAAAAGUAUUAAAGUGAUGUCAGGAAAUCUGGUGUCUAGUUCCACUUCUACCACUAACUUUGUGACUUCAGAUCAGUUACUUAACCUCUCUAAACCUCAGUUUCCCUAUUGUAAAAUGAGAUAGAAGGCAUUAGAUAGCUUCCAAAGCCCCUUUGAACUUUAAGAGACAAAGGGAAAAUCUAAGUAGCUCAAUAAAACAUUCUUUGUGGAGAUGAAGUGGUGAUUGGGAGAAUUCUAGCCUUUGCUAGUAUAAAUGGUAGUUGUAUUUAAUGUUGGCUUUUCCAAUUGAAAUAAAAGUGUAGCAUUAUCCUUUUUUUUACUUUCCCAAAGAAGAAGAAAAUGUCUUUUCAGGAAAUAAAAUGUUCAUUAAUGGUCCCCAGAUAUGCCCGUAUUGACUCAGUUCUCAUCCAAAUAAUUAUUCUCAUUAUGAGCUUUUAAUACUACAAUUAGUUGAGGUACUGUGUUAGGUACUGUAUUGUAAACCAUUUAGUUUUAGGAACAAAAGUGUAAAUAUUAACAUAUAUGCUAUCAAUCUCAAGAUACUUGAUUUAGAUGUACUCAAAACACCUAAGGUUAGGAGCCAUAAGUUAAAUAAAGUACUAAGUUGAGAAUAGAAAUGUCAACACAGAUACCAUUGGUGAUUUGCCAGUUGUAGGUGGCUUUAUCUGUUAAAUUUAAGGUUUUGGUGUGAAGGUCCAUUUAUAUCGCAAAGGUAUUUGAAUAAUAUAAUGCAAGCUUGUGAAACAGAAUUCCUUUAAAGAGAAUGAUGAACGGACAACUUCUGUAACAUUGGUUUCUAGGGUUAAUGCUUUUAGUACUUGGUUAAUUCAAUCCCCACAGAUGAAGUGCAAAAAAAGAGCCUCCCCACAGCAAAUUCUACUCCAUAGAGGAGUUGCUUCAAAGUUCCAGUUUACACCAAACGGUAAUCAGAUACCAUUGGAAGCUAAAGAUUCCUAGGGUCGUUGGUACUAUGUACAACUAACUGGAUUUCAAACUUGGGAACCUUUUUAAUGUUUAGAGCAAAAUGAAAAAUGCUUUCUGAAAGCAGUUCAUUUUUGAAGGGUAUGAUGCUCGGAAGCAUUUUCUGUGCCUUGAUCACUAUGCUAGGCCAUAUUAGGAUUGGUCAUGGAAAUAGAAUGCACCACCAUGAGCAUCAUCACCUACAAGCUCCUAACAAAGAAGAUAUCUUGAAAAUUUCAGAGGAUGAACGCAUGGAGCUCAGUAAGAGCUUUCGGGUGUACUGUAUCAUCCUUGUAAAACCCAAAGAUGUGAGUCUCUGGGCUGCAGUGAAGGAGACUUGGACCAAACACUGUGACAAAGCAGAGUUCUUCAGUUCUGAAAAUGUUAAAGUGUUUGAAUCAAUUAAUAUGGAAACAGAUGACAUGUGGAUAAUGAUGAGAAAAGCUUACGAAUAUGCCUUUGCUAAAUAUAAAGACCAAUACAACUGGUUCUUCCUUGCACGCCCCACUACGUUUGCCAUUAUUGAAAACUUAAAGUAUUUUUUGUUAAAAAAGGAUCCAUCACAGCCCUUCUAUCUAGGCCACACUAUAAAAUCUGGAGACCUCGAAUAUGUGAGUGUGGAAGGAGGAAUUGUCUUAAGCAUAGAAUCCAUGAAAAGACUAAACAGCCUUCUCAGUAUCCCUGAGAAGUGUCCUGAACAGGGAGGGAUGAUUUGGAAGAUAUCUGAAGAUAAGCAGCUAGCAGUCUGCCUGAAAUAUGCUGGAGUGUUUGCAGAAAAUGCAGAAGAUUCUGAAGGAAAAGAUGUAUUUAAUACCAAAUCUAUUGGGCUUUUUAUUAAAGAGGCAAUGACUAAUCAACCCCAGCAGGUAGUAGAAGGAUGUUGUUCAGAUAUGGCUGUUACUUUUAAUGGACUGACACCUAAUCAGAUGCAUGUGAUGAUGUAUGGGGUAUACCGUCUUAGGGCAUUUGGGCAUAUUUUCAAUGAUGCAUUGGUUUUCUUACCUCCAAAUGGUUCUGACAAUGACUGAGAAUUGGAAUUGAGAGCAUAUGUACACUGUAUAGGACAUGAGUUGUCAUUAUUUGUGGUAACAACUACAUAUCCAACACAGUGGUAUGUUUCUUUUCUUUUCCUCUUUCUUAAAUUUUUUUUUUUUAAUUUGGUGACACUGGUAUAAUUACACAUUAAAAUUUAGUAGUGCAUUUUUAAAUGGGGUGGUAUUUUUUCCUUAAAAAUACAAAUAUGUUGGAAAGAAAUGUUUUAAUAGUAAUUUUGCAAGUAAAGAGUAUAGUUGUAAACAUUGAUUUAUGUGGUAAAUUCUAAAUUAUGAACAUUAAAAAAACUAAUGUGGCACAUAUUUUUGCUGAUUGGUUAAAAAAAUUUAAAUGUCUUUUCUAGCUUUCUAAGAUAUGAAAAUGAAUCUCUAGUUGUGAAUUUGCCAUUAAAGUAAAACUUUAGCUGUGUUAUUUCUUUAAUGUUGAUUCAUGUUCUAAGCUUCCCCAAGCACCAAUAGAUUUGUCUUCUUAAAAUAUACAACCAAGCGACUAAGGAAGUGUUCCUAACCAAUGUUAAAGUGCAAGUGUAAAUCUGUCCCCCAAAGAAAGACUGAAAAUGACUUACAAAUAUUAAGUAAUUUUUCUGGGAGCUAAUUCAGUGGCAUUCCUCAGAAUGCACAAUUUCAGUGUGACUCUGUGUACACUGUAUGCAGACACUGAAAUUGGAGUGGUGAUUAUAAAUAAGAUAAUGUCAUUUAAUGGUGUGGUUUCCCAGUUAAACAAGCUCCCAACUAGGGCUUGCAUAAAAAUUUAUCAGUUGAGAUUUAUUUACUCCUAUUGGGCAAAUGAGUUCUGUGAAGUCUCCUUUGAAGAACUUGUUUUGGGCAGUCUGGCAGUUUCACUUGCCUGAAUUGAGUGUGUCCUGGUUUUUAUCUGUUGAAAUUCUGAGAUUCUCCCAGGUUCAUGGUUGUACCAUAUCCAACUGUUUUUGGUCUAGGGUCCCUUACCUCACCAUUCACCUUGGAUUAACAUACCAUUUGCCUAAUUUCAGUGGCUAUAGGGCUGCCAUGAGUCAGAAUCAACUCGAUAGCAAUGGGUACCCAGAAGCUUUACCCAGUGGUAGAUACAACAGUUCCUGUGCCUAAAAUCUUGUCCCAUAAUCUAGCCUGCAUGUGCUGUAUUAAAUCAGAGCUAUAUACCCACAUAGGAUGUGAGACUAUGACAUUUUAGAGAUCAAUAUUUACUGUUACUGGCCUCAUGACAUUAAUGGUCUUCUACAGCUUUAGCAAACCAGAAAGAUAAUUUCCUCAAGAGGGUCUCAGGCUUCAGAUUAUUGGUCCUCAGAGUAGUGUGUAAAACCCUUUGUUUUAAUUUCUCUGAUUUUCUUUAUUGGGGCUUUUGGUUAAGAUAAAGGGUUAUUAAUAAUUUUGAAGAGUAAUAAAACCUCUUUAUCAGACACCCUAGUAUGUGGUCUCAGAUGUGAUUAAAAACAAAAGCACUUGCUGUCAAGUCGACUCUGAUUUAGAACUGUGCCCCAUAGGGUUUUCAAUGGCUGAUUUUUCAAAAGUAAAUCACUAGGCCUUUCUUCCACUACAGAUUAAAUCAUUUUUCAGUGUGAGUACAGUGAUAAACAGUAUCUCACUGAGUGUGACACGCAGCAUAUAGUAUACAUGUCACCUUACCCCUAACACAUUAAAUUUCUACUGCAAUUAUAGUAGCGUAUCAGGGUAUAGUUGUAAUUGUAAAUACUUCAGAGAGUACAUUCCAUUGCUUGAUUUGCUAAUGGAAUGGGUGCUCAGGUGACAUUGAUUUUUGAUCCAAAUUAAUGCUCAGGUUGUUUUUUAAUACAUGAGUAUUCCUUUAUAAAAUGUUGAUUUUAUUAACUAAUAUGCUCUCUCUUUGAACUUAUUAGUGCCCAGUCGUAUAGAUAAAAUCCAAUCAGUAGCAUAGAAAAUAGUACUACUGAGGUCAUGGUUAUAAAUUUGUCACCAUACAUGUCAGUUAACUUUACAUAGAAAAAUGGUGUAUUCAGUAGCCAAAGACUGUAACCCUAACCCCACUCUGUUAUUGGAGAGAGUGAGCUGGGAAGAAUGGAGGAAAUUUAUCAUGAUUGUGAACAUACUUUUGCAUGCAGAGGAUGUAGCUAAAAAGUUGCAUGUGAAUCAAACCUGACUUACAAUGCCCAACUUUUUCUAUACUGCAAUUGUCCUUGUAUAUAUUGAGUAUCUACAAGCUUAACACUAGGCCUGGUGCUUUGUGGAGAACAAAAAGAGCCCAAACUCAUUCAUACAGGGAGUCAAACAAUCAUUCUGUAUAAGCUUUGCAUGAGCAAUUUUUAAAAAUCCAGCCUAUUAUUAGAAUAUGGUGGUCUUUUUGCCUCAGAAGUCCUGGAUUUGAUAAAUGUUUCUUUCUUUUAACCCACACAAUUCCCAUUUCUUUGGUAGUUUUCACUGAUUCCAUGGAAGAAUAGUCAUUGGUUAUACCAUUGCUUUGGCAAUUUGGCAAAAUGCCCUAGCAGGAAGAACAGGAUCUAAAAAUAAGACUCAUUUUCACUAGAUAGAUAAAAUAAUUGCUGCCCUUAAUGUGUGACAGGCUCGCAUUUGAAAAAAUGCUUUGAUCCAGUGAGUGACUCAUAAGAGACAUCCACAUAGGUACUUUCCAAUAGUCAAAAAACCUGCCCAGUACCAUCUGACUCUGUAUUUGAAAGGGAAAGGGGAAAACUGUUCCUAGCUUGAUGAAGACUCUGAAUACUAGCACUGAGAAUCUUCUUUCCCAUAUUUUGCAUUCUAAAGCACUUGCCUCCAUAAGGAAGCUUUGGGGAAUACCAACUAUUCUCUUACCCAGUGCUGUCCAAUAGAAAUAGAAUGUGAACCACAUGUGUAAUUUUAAAUUUUCUAGUAGCCACAUUGAAAAAGUAAAAAGACACAGGUGAAAUUACUUUUAGCAACACUUUAUUUAGUCUGAUAUAUCCAAAAUAUUAUUUCAACAUGAAAUCAAUAUAAUCAAUAGAAAAAUAUUAAUGAGAUAUUUUACAUUCUUUUCUUAUUAAGUCUUUGAAAUCCAGUGUGUAUUUUACACACAGAGCACAUCUCAGUUCAGACUAACCACAUUUCAAGUGCUCAGUAGCCACAUGUGGCUAGUGGCUACCAUAUUGGACAGUGCAGUUCUAACUAAUUCCAGAAGGGUGAGACUCCCUGGCUGAGAUGUGAAUGGGAGAAAACUUGAAGUUUCUUCUACAAGUUUCAUUUAUUUUUCUGGUUUUCUUGAAUACAGUGAAAACUGUAACCUGACUUUUAGCAUGCCCCAGGCCAUCCCCUUGCGUGAGUUCAAUCACUUUAUCUUCCUUCUCAAAAUUAAAACAUUGGAUCUCGAGCAAAGUAUAGAUUAGAUCCCUUAGCUUUUUUUCCUUAGAUCAUAGCUAACCCAAAAAUGUACCUUUCAUUUGCUUUAACAUUCACUAACCCUUUUCCCCAGGUAUCUUUCAGGUAUAUUGAUAGUCUCAGAGCAGCUGCUAGUUCUGCCUCUGCACAUUACAUUCUACAGAAACUCACUGCCUCACUUAUUAACUAACUCUCCCCCUUGAAUCCUUUUCUAAAAAGAUCUAGCCAGGGCUUCUAACUGGUCACACCCUUAAAUGAUCACAAAUCACUGACUUGAAGGUGACUAAUAGUAAGAAAAAUUCAGACCUUAGCAUGAGUUCAAUUUCAAAAGGUUCUCCAAGUACCCCCUGCUGUUGAAGAGGAAAAGAGAAAAACAUUCCCUCAGAAGCCGAAUUAAUACACUGUGCAAGCAUCCACUCCUACCUAAUUCACUCUACGCAUAUUUUCCCACUGUGGAACAGAAGCUUUACCAACAUAUAUCUUUCUCCAAUAACCCAUAAAUGAAGAUGGUGAUGUGACUGUGGGCCGAGCUUAAGAUUUUAUGAAAUAUAAAGGGAGAAUUUUCUAUAAAACAUAGGCUUUGCAGUCAAGGAGACAUAGGUUCAAAUCCCAACUCUGACACUUAACAGUUGUGUAUCUUCGGGAAAGUAAUACAACCUCUCUGAGCCUUAGUUUCCUCAUUUGUGAAAUGAGAAAAUCUACCUCAAGGCACUGUAAAGAUUAAACAAGAUAUGUAAGUAGAGCUUGUAGCAUAUAGUAGGCACUCAGGGAAUGUUAUUUCCUUUACACUCUUACCAUUUAAACAUGUUUAAAUAGCACUCUAAAUUGUUAAAUAUGUAUUAACCUUUUGUAUCAAAUAUCUUGAUGGUAAAAAAAUAUUGACAGCUGGCAUUGAAUAUUCAAAUUCACAAAGGAACCCCUUUACAAACUAAAGGGUUUAAGAUAACAUCUGUAUAUUUAAUCUGUGCUAUGUGAUAAAAUAGCUUUUUGUCAAACAGCUUUUUUAUAAAUUUUUUUAAGGAUAAAUUCAGAAGCCACUUUUAAGAACAUUAGCUUAGAACAUGUUCCCCUUUCACAGCACAUCAGACAUUAUUGGGGCCAAAACUGCCCAGAUUAGUAUGUUUUCUAUCUCUCUACACUUUAAUCGAGAGUUUCUCCUUAUAUCUGCAAAAACCACUGCUUAAGUGAGACUCCUGCAUCAGCAGUAAAUGCAUCUGGGCAUUUGGUACUUGAGAGAGUACUGGAUUUGACAACUCCCAGAAGCUAAUGAGGCCACAUGCUUUCUUUCAAACCUCUGCAUUCAGGAGCAAGCAAGAAUUACUUUAUGAACUCUUUUGCAGAUAUUUUACAAAUGACAGUAAAACCUGUCAUAGCCGGAAUUCGACGGGACUGCCUUGUUUUUCCGGGUCUCACAAGUUUUCCACCUUUGACAGGGUGCAGUCUUAUCUCUUUUCUAUUGAUUAUUCUAGUGGAAAAUAUUUGCGUUUUCCUUCUCUUACAGAUUCCGGCUUUCGCAGGUUUUACUGUAUAAAUGUUUUACCUUGGAAACACCAAAUAAGUGCAAUAUAAAUAUCCAAGAUUUUAAUACAUUUUGUUGUUGUUGUUAGGUGCCAGCAAAUCGGUUCCGACUCAUAGCAACCCUAUAUACAACAGAAUGAAACACUGCCCAGUCC